AUGUCCGCUCCACUCAUCUCCAACAGCGCAAAAUCCUACGCAAAGGACUUCCUCUCCUUCGUCGCCUCCUCCCCAACCCCCUUCCACGCCGUCGCAUCCUCCAUCGCCCUCCUCGAGCGCGUAGGCUUUACCGAACUCCGCGAACGGGACUCCUGGGCCUCCUCCAUCAAACAAGGCGGAAAGUACUACGUCACCCGCAACACAACCUCCCUCAUCGCAUUCUCCGUCGGCAAGAAAUGGUCGCCAGGGAAGGGUGUCGCGAUGAUUGGCGCGCACACCGACUCGCCUACCUUGCGCCUGAAGCCCGUUAGUGCGAAGACAGCGGAGGGGUAUUUACAGGUUGGGGUUGAGUGCUAUGGAGGUGGGAUUUGGCAUUCGUGGUUUGAUCGUGAUCUUGGGGUUGCGGGUCGUGUUAUGGUUAGGCAGGGUGAUGGGAGCUAUAAGCAGCAGUUGUUGAAGAUUGAUAGGCCUAUCCUCAGGAUCCCGACGUUGGCGAUUCAUUUGGAUCGGGAUGUGAACGUCAAGUUCGAGUUCAACAAAGAGACACACCUCACACCUAUCGCUGGCCUCGUGUCCGCGCAACUCAAUGCCGAGACGCCCGUCGACCCCACCACCGACUCCGACGACAAAGACGCCGGCUCCGUCGCUAAGCGCCAUACUCCCGCCCUUAUCUCCCUCAUCUCCAACGAACUCUCCUGCAAACCAGAAGAGAUCCACGACUUCGAGCUCGUCCUCUUCGACACGCAAGCCCCUGCCCUCGGAGGUCUCCAUGAGGAGUUCAUCUUCUCCGCUCGCCUCGACAACCUCGGCUGCUCCUACUGCGCCGUCCGCGGAAUUUCCGACGCCGCCGAAAAAGGCGAGCACGAUGACGGCACAAUCCGCCUCAUCUCCCUCUUCGACCACGAGGAAAUCGGAUCCCUCACCGCACAAGGCGCCGACUCGAAUUUCCUCCCCGUAGUCCUCGAGAGACUUAAUAAACUCGAUAUCGGGGAUGGCGCACAAGCGACGAGUUAUGAGGAAUGUCUAGCGAAGAGCUUUUUGGUGAGUGCGGAUAUGGCACAUGCCGUCCACCCAAAUUACGCCGCAAAAUACGAGAACAACCACAAACCCCAACUCAACCUCGGCCCGGUCAUCAAAAUCAACGCAAACGCCCGUUACGCGACAAACUCCCCCGGUACGACUCUCCUCCAACACAUCUCAUCUAUCCCGCUCCAACAAUUCGUGGUGAGGAAUGAUUCGGCGUGUGGGAGUACCAUUGGACCCAUGUUGAGUGCGAAAUUGGGGGUGAGGACGGUUGAUUUGGGGAAUCCGCAGUUGAGUAUGCAUAGUGUUAGGGAGUGUGGGGGGACGAAGGACGUUCUGCUUGGGACGAAUUUGUUUAGAGAAUUUUUUGAGGGGUAUGAGGAGGCUGAGGCGAAGAUUUUCGUUGAGUAG